CCUAUGGGGCCGGAGAAGGUGUUGGCCCCAGUCCGACCUAGCAGGUGAAGCGUCGCUCCCCGGUCCAGGUGCUCGGCUGAAUGGCUCGGUCCUUUUCCGCUGCCUCGAGGUAACCGCGCUGGGCACUCCUUUCACGCGCUGCCGGUUGCAGUUGGAGCCACUUCCCCCUGCCCUGAGAUAGCCCAGCAAGCCGGGGCGUCCCACGCUUGGCAGAGAAGCAUCCUUUUGGGGUUUCUCCUCAGCCGAAGCCCCGUAAGGCACCGACCGGGCGGAACUGACUUGGCUGCUUCCUUGGAAGGUCUCCUUCUGCCGUAGAGGCUUCGACAGACCGGCCCCUGCGAGAGUCAUUUCUUUUCCGUUGGUUCUCCUGACACGUCGAUGGUGAGAAUCCCGAAGCCCAGCCCGGGGCGCUGCCAUGGCCUUCGCUAAUUUCCGGCGCAUCUUGCGCCUCUCUAACUUUGAGAAGCGGCGAUCCAAGGAAUACGAGCACGUGCGCCGAGACUUGGAUCCCAAUGACGUGUGGGAGAUCGUCGGAGAGCUGGGCGACGGCGCCUUCGGCAAGGUGUAUAAGGCCAAAAACAGAGAGACCGGAGACUUAGCUGCUGCCAAAGUCAUUGAGACCAAAAAUGAAGAUGAGCUAGAGGACUACAUAGUGGAGAUAGAAAUUCUUGCUACUUGUGACCACCCAUACAUUGUAAAACUGCUGGGAGCCUUUUAUUAUGACAGCAAAUUAUGGAUUAUGAUUGAGUUUUGUCCUGGUGGAGCAGUAGAUGCUACUAUGCUAGAGCUGGAUCGAGGCUUGACUGAAUCCCAGAUCCAGGUGAUUUGUCGCCAGAUGCUGGAGGCCCUGGACUAUCUCCAUGGCAAGAAGAUUAUCCAUCGAGACUUAAAGGCAGGCAAUGUGCUGCUGACCCUAGAUGGAGAUAUUAAACUUGCUGAUUUUGGAGUAUCCGCCAAAAACAUAAAAACUUUGCAGAGGAGGGAUUCCUUCAUUGGCACACCAUACUGGAUGGCUCCUGAAGUGGUGAUGUGUGAGACUAUGAAAGAUACCCCUUACGAUUACAAGGCUGACAUCUGGUCCUUGGGCAUAACACUCAUAGAAAUGGCCCAGAUAGAGCCGCCCCAUCAUGAGCUCAAUCCUAUGAGAGUCUUACUAAAAAUAGCCAAAUCUGAUCCUCCUACUCUUAAUUAUCCAUCAAAAUGGUCUCCAGCGUUCAGAGAUUUUCUGAAGACUGCACUUGACAAGAACCCUGAGACCCGGCCAACUGCCACACAAUUGCUGGAACAUCCUUUCGUCAGCAAGGUCACCAGCAAUAAAGCCUUACGUGAGCUCGUGGCAGAGGCAAAGGCUGAAGUGAUGGAGGAAAUUGAAGACAAUAGAGAGGAAGUUGAAGAGGAGGACUUAUCAGAAUCUGCAUCUCCUCAAGACGUUCACCAGAGGGAUUCCUCUCUUGCAAGCCAGCUAAGUGUGGAAGGAGACAAGCUUCAAGAAAACGGCUUAUCACUUGCAGCAAAUGGACCAAAGUUGCCUCUGGAGCAGGUCAAGGAAGCCAUAAAUGGGCAGGGCCACAGGCUUUUGGAGGAAGAAGCUAGAACUGAAGCCCUGGUCAAAACUGCUGAGCAUUCAGAUUUGUUGGGAAUAGAAAGUGAUUCAGUCCUGCCUGAUGCCAAGCAGAAGUUAAGCACCAGCCCCCAGGCACUGCAGCCCAACAAAAACAUUAAACCAGUAGAGGAUGGGGCUCUCAACCACCAGAAGGAAAGCACUGAGCCAGCAAACAAUGAGGAUUCAAAUUGGGGAAGCCAUACUAUAAACAGCCUCCUUGAAACACCAACUGAAGAAAGGCUCCCCAAUGGGAGUUUGAGCUCUUCUCAGUUUGAGAAUGAGAGCUUCAAGCGAGAUUCUGAUUCUGGUAGCACCUCUGCUUCAGAGAGCAUGGACCUCAGCAUCUCUUUGUCUACUGAUCUGUCCCUGAACAGAGGCAGCGGGUCCCACUCCCUAAAGAAUGCAAAAAUGCAGAACAUGACACUGAAACGAACGAGAAGAUUUGUAGUAGAUGGAGUGGAAGUGAGUGUUACCACCUCAAAAAUCAUCAGUGAGGAUGAAAAGAAGGAUGAAGAGAUGAGAUACCUCAGGCGCCAGGAGCUGCGGGAGCUGCGUUUGCUUCAGAAAGAGGAACAUCGGAAUCAGACACAAUUAACAAGCAAACAUCAGCUGCUCCUGGAACAAAUGUUAAAACGCUUUGAACAGGAAAUGAAUGCAAAGAAGAAGUUCUAUGACACAGAACUAGAGAAUCUAGAACGACAGCAGAAGCAGCAGAUUGAGAAAAUGGAGCAAGAUCAUGCGCUGCACCGGCGAGAUGAGGCUAAACGUAUCCGUGCUGAGCAGGAACGGGAUCUGGUUAAAUUUCAAGAACAGCUGAAACAAAAAAAGAAAGAGCUCAAGAAUGAUAUGGAAAAGCUCCCACGGCAACAGCGCAAGAGCACCAUGAAAGUGAGGAUGGAAGAAUUUGCCCAGAAAAAGCAAGUUAUGGAACAAGACUUUAUAACCAAGCAAUCUGAGGAUCUGGAACAAGCUAUGAGAAACAUUACGGCUCAGAAUCGGAAGGAGAUCUGUGACAAAGAACGAGAAUGCCUCAACAAAAAGCAGCAGCUUAUGAGAGACCGGGAGGCCACUAUCUGGGAUCUUGAAGAGCACCAUCUGCAGGAGAAGCACCAGAUUAUGAAACAGCAACUAAAAGAUCAAUAUUUCCUCCAGAGACAUGAGCUGCUCCGGAAACACGAGAAGGAACGUGAGCAAAUGCAACGAUACAACCAGCGCAUGAUAGAACAACUGAAAAUUCGGCAGCAGCAAGAGAGGGCCCGUCUCCCCAAAAUUCAGAGGAGUGAAGGGAAAACCCGCAUGGCUAUGUAUAAAAAGAGUCUCCAUAUCAACUCCAGUGGAAGUGCCUCAGAACAGAGAGAGAAAAUAAAACAGUUUGCACAGCAGGAAGAAAAGAGACAAAAAGCUGAGCGACUGCAACAGCAGCAGAAGCAUGAGAUGCAGAUGAAGGAAAUGUGUGCCCAGUGUGAGAGCAAUAUGAAUGAACUCCAGCAGUUACAGAAUGAAAAGUGCCACCUUCUGGUUGAACAUGAGACCCAAAAACUGAAAGCCCUGGAUGAAAACCACAAUCUGACCCUCAAGGACUGGCGAGAUAAACUUAGGCCAAGAAAAAAGGCACUAGAAGAUGAGCUGAAUCAGAAAAAGCGAGAGCAAGAGAUGUUUUUCAAACUCAGUGAAGAAGCUGAUGGCCUCUCUCCUAUGUCACCAAACAAACCUGCUAAAUUUGUCCCAUUCAGCUCUGCAGAGGCUUCAUAAUGCUUGGGUUAAAUAGGCAAGGCUUGCUAACACUUGCCUUUGUCUGUUGGAAGGAAAUCAGCAGAAAAGAGCGGGCUCCUUCCUCUCUUUGCCAACUCUGAUCAGAGUUUUCUGUUCAGUUGUGUGUCAGUCAAUCAAUGUGGCUAGCAAUCUGAUCCACUAGAGGUAAGGCAGAUUCACAUGUAGGAUAGAAGCAAGCUGUAAAUGAGCUUCAAGAAGGAGACCUGAUGGGGCUGAGUGCAGAAUCCACAUUGCUUGCUGAAUCCUUUCCCCAGCCACCGGCCAGUUUUGUCUUUUACCAUUUCCCGAAGGGAUAUGUGGAAAAGAUUUAAGAGGAGAUUCAUCACUUUAUCAGUUUAAUUUUCCAAGUUAGCUUUCCUGUGACUCUCAGCUUGAUGAGUGGGUGGUUUCACUCAACAGUAUAACUUGAGUCUCAACAGUAAAUGAUGUUCACCUGCAAUGGCCUUUCAGAUGAAGUAAAACAUCAUCCAUCUUUAAUGUGGUCUCUAUCCUUGUAAAUUAAGCAAAGGGCUGCUUUUCGUUCUAUGCCUCCCUUUUGAAAUUGAUCUGUCCCUCAGCAUCUUCCAGACAGCUUGUGACAUAAUUUGUAUCUUUUCUCUGAUAUAGAAUAGGUGUACUACAGCCUGAAACUUAGAAGUGAAGUAUUUUUAGACAAAACAGUCCUAAAACAAACAGGGCAGCCAGAGGCUUGGAGGAAUGAAUUUCUCCCACUGUGAAGGUUGAGCAGAGACUGUGGAAAAUGCUGUCCAAUCUGGGGUUAUGUUUAAAUAAACAGACUUGCCCAAGCUAAAUGAUUGUAAAUGUACAGUCAGGAAGAAUGAUCUUUCUCUGCUGUUGUCAGUCAUCCGUGAUCCCAGCAGCUCUUCUUUUCAGAUGUAGCAUUGUAUCUUUGGUUUACUUGUGCCAGUAAACCAGAGUUCUGUGGUCCCCUUUCAUUCCACAGCACUAUUUAUUUGUCUGGGAGGAAGCCUCUGUUCAAGUUAUGGCAAGAGCCAGUGUUUGCUGUCUAGGUAAAGUAAGGAACAGUCAAACACAACAAAUCUAUAGCUGGCCUAAGGUUAAAGGCACUUUGCUUUGUAUCAAGUUUUGUGGGACUUUAAGGUUGUCAUAGAGUAGCAAAUGCCAGCUUUGGGACUUUCCCAUGCUAAAUGAUUUGGUGUGCUCAGAAUAGAAGACAGGCUUCUAAAGACAUGAAGCAGCAUCUGUAGGGGACUGCUUUGACUAAUCGUAGUGACUCUUUAAGUCUUUGCAGUUUCUCUGAAUCAGUAGAAAGGGCCACCUAAGAGAAGUAGAAUCGAAUGUUAUAUAUUUGAAAUGCUAAAGCUGUUCAGUAUUUCAUAGACUUUUACAAAUGCUAUUUUUGACCAAAGAGAUCUCCUUUCUUUCCCUCCCACAUAUUUUGAUUUAUUUAAUAUAAAUUUCCAAAGGCUUUGUCCACUUUGCCAGUUUGCAUUUCCCUGUGACUUAUAUAUAAAUUGUUUUUUGUCACUUUAUGUAGUAUAAUUCACACAGUUUUCGAUUUGGGCAACCAGCUGUAUGUGAUAAAUGCUUUGUUUGGUACUUGUUUAGCUACAAGUUCAAACAGAAAGCUUAUACAAUUCAUUUUGACCAUCUCAGAACGAAAUGCACUAAUGGAGGCAACGUGGUCCAGUGUUUAUUUUGAUAUAUAAUAUAGGGCUGUUCCAACAACAGCUCUUUGCCCUCUCUGCAGGAAAAGUGGCUGCUUCCUGAUGCACUGUUCUGCCAAGCACUGUUGCUGAUGACAUGAUUUUUGUCCUGACAGCUAAUUUGCUGGAAUGUCAGUUGAAGUUUAGUAGACUAGUGGCUGCUGAUAGUCCCGGUCACAGCGUGUCAAGAACUAGAAUAUAUUAAAAGAUGUCAGAAUGAAAAUACAGUCUGAAAGAAAUGUCUGCCAAAAGGAUUCUGAAUGUUAGAGGUCUUUAGGAAAUGUAUGUUCAGAAAGCACUUUAAGCCCUUAUUGAACUGUUUUAAAUCUUUGAGUGUUAAGAUAAUGUGUGAGGAGAGAGAGAGAAAUAGCAACAAAGCCUGCACAUUAUGAAUGUUGAAAGUGAAGGCAAAUGUUCUCUAGGUGAACAGUGUUAGUUUCAUGUUGAAAAUGAUAAAUGCUUCAUAAUCUUUAUGUCUUGGGUGUGUUGGUAUGUAUGCACAUUCCUGCUGUUUCUUCUCUUGGCCAAGAAAGCAAACAGUUGUAUACACCCACAAUUGCUCUUUUUCCCUUCCCUUGCCAGCCUGGCCCUGGCUGUUCCCAAGGGGGCUGGAACUUUACUAUGUGCAAUAUGCACUUCCCAGUUUUUCCAGGAAGCUUAUUGGGAGAAAGUGUCCCUUCCCCUCUUUCAGUUAAUUGUUUGCUAAUCCUAGGAAAAAAAACUUAUUAUUUUGGUUUCAUCAGGGCAGAGGGAGAGUUUUUUUUUUUUUAACAGGAAUAAGGGUUUUGGGGGGAAAAAUUCUCAAGGAUUUUCUCUUUUUGGGUUACCAUGAUGAUGUAAAUAAUCUAAUAAACUAUGAACCACUAAGCCCUUGCGUGGGGUCCAGAAUUGCAUUCCUGCUGCGUGUCUCUUUAGGUCAGCAGUGCUGGCUUGCUUUUAUACAUGAUCUUGGCUUGGCUACAGUGGAAUUGUGUUUCAGAAUUCUGUUGAUUGGCGUUAAGUCAACAGCUUGCUGGCCCUGUGCAAAGUGUUUUUAAAAUAUAGAUGGCCUUACUUGAAAAUAUCUGUACUGUAUUGGAAUGUGUUAAUAUUAAACUAUUAAUUCUUGAAGCAAA